UUGCAACACUGUGUUGACUUUUUUAUAAACAAAGCAGUCCCCCUGAAAAUUGUUUGCAGCACAAUUUAUAAAUUCUUUAUUCGGGUCAGACUGGGCAGAUAAAUAACCAACAGCAAGAUGGGAAAAGGUUUCAACAAUUACAUGUGCAAAAAGUUCUUCCAUCCCGCGUCCAGGGAUAAUUUAAAGCGAGUAUGGAUGGCAGAGCAGCAAGCUGAGGCUUACAAAAAGAAGCAAGAGGAGCUGCGUAACCAAUAUGAAAAGGAACAGAAUUUACAUGAGAACAAGGCAAUGCUGAGCAAGGACAGCAAAGACAAAUUAAGUGUAAAUUUUAUGUACGAGCCGCCGCCAGGCGUGCGGAAGGAACGCGAAAAGGAUGACAAUGAGCCCGAGUACAAGUUUGAGUGGCAACGAAAGUAUAAUGCACCCAGAGAGUCGUACUGCAAGGGGGAUACGGAGAUCAGGGAUCAACCUUUCGGCAUCCAAGUGCGAAAUGUUCGUUGCUUGAAGUGCCACAAGUGGGGUCACAUAAAUACGGACAAGGAGUGCACCAUGUACAGCAUUUCUAUGAGCGAAGCCCGUAAAAUUCACGCCGAAACCGAGGCCGACGACAUUAUGGCCAAGAACGUCCUCGAGGAACAAAUGAAGGAAGAUGGUCUGAUGAUGAAACGAUCGGCUUUGGAGCUUCAGAGCAUCAAAAUAAAUCAGCAAAAGCACCAACUGGUGCCAAGCGAUGGCGAGGAGGAAUCCAACCACCUUCAGCAAAAUCCAGAGUUAGUGUUUCUUAAAUCUCUGACAAAAAAACAAAAGCUAAAGUUGCUUAAAAAGCUGGAGAAAAUUGAACGAAUGAAACGUAAGGGCGAAGGCAUCAAGAAAUCCAACAAGAAGAAAUCCAAAAAGCAAAAAGACGACAAGGACAGCAAAAAGAAAAAGAAAUCCAGGAGGAAGGAGAGAAAAUCUUCAGAUAAUGAUAGUUCGUCGUCCUCAUCUUCUUCGGAAAGCAGUGACUCUGAAGAUGAUCAUAGAAGUCAUCACAAAGAUGCCAAGAAACACGUUUCGAAUAGAUCAAGGGAUUCGGAGGAACGCCACCAUCGCCGCAAAGAUGAAAAGAAACAUCGCAGAGAUCGAUCUCGAUCAAGGGAUCGCUCUCGCUCUACCAGCCGGGACAGGAGAAGAGAGAAAGAUCGCAGAGAUUACUCAAGGAAAUAGAAUAGUGGUC